AGUAGGAAGAUUAACACAUGAAUUCAGCAUAAAACUAAAAAGAACGAACUCACUAAAGUUACAGUAGCAGCGAGCAACGGCUGCAGAUACUGCAACGACGGUAGGCAACCAUUGGGAUGGUUGAACAAGAACCAGCCGAGACGAGCUCGGCGGGAAGCGAAGCACAAACCGCUAACGCGUCCCCACCAUGGAAGGGUGGGUACAGACCGCGAGGCGGAAGAAGAAGAAACAAAAGCAGCGGGAGCAGACCCGUGAGUACCCAAUCUGGGUUCAAGGGGAGAUGUGACCAAUUGAACGGCCACAUCUUUGACGUGGGAUCCACGCAAGCAUCAAGAUAUAUGAAAACCAAGAAGGAAAUAGUACAGUACGCCGGAAGGACAUACGGGGCGGAAGUACGGCGAGCCAUUAACGACGUGUCAUGUGUACGCGCCAUCAUCGAUGGAGAUAAUCCAACCAAGGACAUGACAAAGGAAGCAAUCAAAGCAAUGGAUGAAAUACAGCUAACCGUGACUAAGGAAAUUGCUAAACGGCACACUAUAAAGCUACUGAAAUAUGAUGACGAUAUGAAGAAGAUGUAUAGUACCAUACACGGACAAUGCACCGAUGCCAUGAUACAGAAAAUUAGCGCCGACACGAGCUUCACCUCGGUACAGGAUGAAAAUGACGCAAUCGGUCUGCUGCGGAUAAUAAAGAAGAUAUGCUACAGCUACGAAGCACAACAGUUUCCGCCUCUGGCGGGAGUGCGAGCCAUCAUGAACCUGUACAGACAGACUCAGGGCGAGUUUACGUCCGACAUUGAAUGGUAUGAACAGUUUGAAAACCUCCUCACAGCAGCAGCAGCCUGCGGAGGAGAACUGCAUGUCCCUGGCGUGGACAACUAUAUCAUUAACAGGGAUUACGGUGGCGAAAUGCCAAAGGAAGAAGAGACAAGACGGAUCAUAAGAAAGAAAGCGCUUGAGCUCACCCAGGCUACUAUCUACAUUGAGAACGCCAACCACGCGCGAUAUGCCGGUAUCAAGGAGAAGCUUGAGAAUGACUUCUUGAUGGGACAAAAUAACUAUCCUGAAACACUAACUGAAGCACACAACAUACUGGUGAAUUAUCGCCAAGGGAACGGCAGCAGGAUAACGAACGGCAGCGGCAAAAGGCACAGUACUGACGGAGUGAUGUUCGUACAGAACACGGGAGAACAAGGGCAACGACGGCCACGGAACAGCGUCAAAUGCUACCGAUGCGGGAAAAUGGGCCACUACUCAUAUGAAAACGUCUGCAAACCAGCUGAUGUGGCGGCUCACGAGCGGCAGCAAGAUACUGAAAGAUCUGGUUCCGCGACCCAAGACAACGAUAAUACACAAGAUCCAGCGGACCCGCCUGAUCAAGGGACGUCCGGAGCGGUCAACGUACAUUUUACCGACGGGCCAGUCAUCAACACCGCGGAAGACGACGGCAUCGAUCUAUACGAAGAGGAACCAUAUUACGGGCUCAUGUGCUGCACCCGAGGCGUAAUCGCCGCGGGAAACGACAGCAUUUGCUACGAUAAUAUCUUAAGCCAGACAAGCGGCAAGAUUAACAAGGAUUGGUUGCUGCUGGAUAACCAGUCUACAAUCAACGUGAUCUGCAACCCGGCACUCCUGCGAAACAUACGAAAGACGAACAGACCAAUGUACAUUUACUGUAAUGCAGGAGUGGCAACUACCAACAUGGUUGGGGAGUUCCCAGGCGUUGGGACUGUAUGGUAUCACAAAGCAGGAAUCGCAAACAUACUGUCGCUGUCACAAAUAAAGAAGCAACAUAGGGUCACGUACGAUAGUUCCAUCGACAACGUGUUCCGAGUACACAGCAAGGAUGGGAAAGUAUGCAGGGAGUUCAAGCAAUCCAAAAAGGGACUAUACUACACGGUGAUGAUGGGCGAAACUGCAACGCUGUUCACAAACCAAGGGAUAACCACCGUACGUGCGAACAAGGCAAAGUACUCGGCGCUGGAUCAGAAGAGGGCCCAGCGGGCUUGGAAGAUGCAAGACAUCUUGAACGUCACGACCAAGGAAAUGAUCGAGCUGAUCAACAAAAAUGCUAUUCCAAACUGCCCAGUGACGAGAGACGAUAUCAACAUCGCAAAUGACCUGUUCGGCAGUACAGUCGUAGGGUUAAAAGGGAAGACUGUUAGACGAUCUGAACCACAUGUGCGGGUUAAUAUCACCCCACUCCCACAAGGAAUCGCAGCUAAAUAUAGGAAGGUGACACUGGGUGCAGAUAUUAUGUAUGUCAACAGUAUCCGUUUCUUCAUCACUAUCUCGCGGCACAUUCAAUUUGGGACAGUCGCAAUGAUAACUAACGCAAAAGCGAGCACAUUACAGGAGUGCGUAGCCGAAAUAAAGAGCCUUUACGCUAAGCGCGGCUUCGUUGUCGAGACAAUAAGCAUGGACAUACAGUUCCAGCCCAUCGCCACAGGGAUAGCAGGACUGGGAAUCACACCAAAUUUCGUAUCGCAGGAUGAGCAUGUGCCGGAGAUCGAGCGAUACAUCCGGACAAUCAAAGAACUUGUGCGAGGAAUCCAAUGCACACUCCCGUACAAGCGUUUGCCGGGACGAGUAACUAUCGAAUUGGUUGCAAGCCAAGUGUUCUGGUGGAACUGUCUCCCAAAGCCGACAGGAGUGUCUGCUACCAUGAGCCCGAGGACGAUCAUAACUGGACUUACGGUAGACUACUCGAAGCAUAUGAAAUUGCAGUUCGGGGAGUAUGUGCAGACUCAUGAGGAGACGGACAACAACACUGGGCGCCCGCGAACGAUAGGCGCACUGGCGCUGCGCCCAACCGGUAACGUCCAAGGAGGACACUGGUUUUACAGUCUCCGAACCGGGCGUGUGAUUAAUAGGAGCAGAUACACGCAGUUACCAAUGCCAGAAGAGGUGAUUGAGAGAGUAGAACACCUCGCGAGGAACUACCCCGAAGGUGUAGACUUCAGGAACAGAGCGGGACACCCAAUCGACGGGGAUCCGACUGCGACGGUUGACCCAGGCGGGAACAACGGUGAUUCCGACGAUUCCGAUGCCGACUCCGACUAUGAGGAUGAUCUCAGUGUCGACAGCUUCGACGACCGCCUUGACGAAAGUUUCGUGGAUGAGGACUCAGACUCAGAUAAGAGCGAAACAGAAGCGAUAAUAGAUCUAGAUGAUGAAGCGAGGGAUGAUGACUCCGAGCCGGAGAUCGAAAGAAGGGAUGGCCUCCGACCGUCUAGGGACCGGAGCUACAAUCACCUAAAAACAGUGGGUUACAUGAACAACUUGAACGCAAGACGCGGACAGGAGAACAAAGGAAUGAAACAGUAUGCCAUGGUCCUACAUGCUCUCAUUGAGUUUAACAAGGAUGAGAAUGCGUUCUAUGAGCAAGUGCACACCAUACUGUUGACCCAGUACGGAAUGAAACAAGGAAUUAAAAUCUUUGGUGAAAGGGGCCUACAGGCAGUUAAGACCGAACUGCAGCAGCUCCACGAUAGAGAGGUCGUUGAGCCAGUACCAGCCAAGGAGCUGACUGCGGACCAGAAGGCAAAGGCCCUCGCCUAUCUAAUGUUUCUAAAGGAGAAGCGAUGCGGAAAGAUCAAGGGCCGAGGAUGUGCUGACGGAAGAAAGCAACGGAAUUGGAUGAGUAAAGAGGAUACAACAUCCCCCACAGUGUCGAUACAAGCAUUGAUGCUGUCAUGCAUGAUGGACGCAUAUGAAGGGAGAGAUGUAGCCACUGCAGACAUCCCCGGAGCCUUCCUACAGACAUCAGAUGACAGUGGCGAAACUCAUCUGAGGCUCGAAGGAGUGAUGCUCAAGCUAUUAGCAGAGAUCGAUCCAUCGCGAUACGAUAAACACAUAAAAACAGACCAUAGGGGAAGGAAAUUCCUCUACGUGAAGUGUUUGAAGGCAAUUUACGGAACACUCAAUGCAGCUCUGUUAUUUUGGUUGAAGUUAAGUGUGGACCUCACCAAGUGGGGAUUUGUCGUCAAUCCAUAUGAUUGGUGUGUGAUGAACAAGACUGUGAACGGAAAGCAGUGCACGAUACUCUGGCAUGUGGACGACAUCAAGGUGUCUCACCACAAUGCAGAGGUAGUGACACAGGUGCUCAACCAGAUCAACGAGGUGUAUGGAAAGGAAGCCCCAUUGGUAAUAACCAGGGGAAAGACACAUGAUUAUCUGGGGAUGACCAUCGACUUCUCCAAAACCGGGAAGGUGCAGUUCACCAUGCAUGAUUAUAUCGAGAACAUGCUGGCAGAGCUCCCCCCCGGGCUCGGUGAGGGUGAGUCCGCGACGCCAGCUGGCCACCACCUGUUCGACGUGAAUGAGGUCAACCCAGAAAUACUUAGUGAGAAGGAACGGGUCAUCUACCACACCAAUACCGCAAAGCUCCUGUUCCUUGCAAAGCGUGCACGGCCGGACAUCCAACUUCCAGUAGCAUUCCUCUGCACGCGAGUCCGCGGCGCCGACAGGGAUGACUGGAAGAAACUUGACAGGGUGAUGAAAUAUCUCCGUGGAUCAAUCGGUUUGCCACUGAUUCUCGGGAUCGAUGGGAGCGGACAACUGAAGUGGUAUAUUGACGCAGCGUUUGCGGUACAUAAUGAUAUGAAAAGUCACACAGGGAUGAUGAUGACCAUGGGCCAAGGAGCAGUCAACUCAUCAUCAUCAAAACAGAAGCUAAACACGAGGAGUUCAACCGAAGCCGAACUGGUGGGCGUCGAUGAUGAAAUGACACAAGUAAUCUGGACCAGGCAUUUCUUACAGGCGCAAGGUUUCACAGUUGUCGACAAUAUUGUGUAUCAGGACAACCAAAGCGCAAUGAAGCUUGAGAAGCAUGGUAAAAGAUCAAGCGGGAAGCGGACACGUCACAUGAACAUACGAUACUUCUUCGUGACUGACCGAAUAUCAGCAAAAGAAUUAGAUGUGGAAUACUGUCCCACGCUGGAUAUGAUUGCUGAUUACUUCACCAAGCCUCUGCAAGGCUCACAGUUCCGACGCUUUAGGAACAUAAUACUCGGAAUAAAGGAACACGACAUAACACGGUACAACCGCAAUGCAAUGGAGGAGAUCAAUGCCCGCAAGAAGCAGCGGCUUGCCAAAGCCGCGGAGGAUGAUCUUACUAAGCAGCAACUGUUAAAUCAAUGACAGUAUUACAGCAGCUCAGCAAGACCACAGGAGUGUGUUGCGGGGAAUCGAUACCACGGUACGCGGACAGACCGACACCACCGGACAGACAACGGGUUCGCCCACACAACGGGCGUACUUUAUAUAUAUAGCCUACAGACACGGAUCAACAUAAGUGACGUGGUGGCAAAUGAGCGAGUGAGGAGGGAAUGAGCGAUCCAUGAUUAGGGGAAGAGAACCAAAAGUGGAAUUUAGUGAUUUUAGUGUAAUUGAGAGUGUAUGCUCAUUCUUUUUAGUUUUAUCCAGUUAACAGCUAUGACAUAAGCUUUAAGACUUUCUGUAGUUAAGUAGGAAGAUUAACACAUGAAUUCAGCACUAUCCUACCUGUACGUAUCGUCCUGUACAUACGGUAGGUAGUUGCCUUUUUGUCGUGUUAUUUGUGGCGCUUUUUCCUUCCCGCCACAAACAUCUCACCUCCUUUUGCAUUAGUCGCACUGGAGAUCACUCUGAUGACAAAUUACGGAGCGAUCUUCUUGUUCCGAACAGGCUAGGAAAAAGAGCACGAAGAUUUUGCUGGAGGCUUGAUCAAAUCGUUGCUGUUCUUAACACAAAACACACAAUCGCAUUCCUUCGGCAAGAAUAAAAGACAAGGAAAAUCCAUGGAUUGGAAUGAUUUCAACACUAUCCGCAACAAGUUGGGCCGCGGAGAGGAGUUGUCGACGAGCGAUCUAAUUUCCUUGGACCCACUUCACGAUGCGAUUUACGAUCAUGAGGGAUUUAUUGUCUGUAAUCACAAACCAUGUUCGUCUACAAAGUGUAGAAUGGAGGAGAAUGCACCUUUCCACCUGGAGUAUCUGGAUCGUUCUCUUCUGGAUGGGCAAUGCCAGAAGAGCCAACAGCACGGGCAGCAGGGGCUUCCUAGAGUGGUCCGCUAUGUCGGUAAGUAGCAUCAUGCUUUUGCAAUAAGCCGUGCGUUCUUUCCAUUGUGCGAUUGACCUUGCGCCAAUCAUUGCUGCAUUCCAUGCAUUGCUGUUGUAUUUACUGUCUGCCUUCUUGCUUGUCUUUCUUCAUAUUGAUUUACUCACAACUUUGGAUGUUUCUGUUGCGUUCCAUACAUUACGAUAAUGUGGAAACGGUACUAUUCGCACGUGUUUCAUUAUGUCAACGAAUUUCAAAAAAGGAAUGGUGCAGGAUAUGCUUGAACCAGAAUACUACGAAUCCUAUGACAGUCAAGGACGGUCGACUCAUUUUGUAGAUCACAACGAACCGGGCGAUGAUAUCAAUAACGCGAAUGCCAACAAUCAUAGAAAAAGCGAUGCAUACCAAUCGAAGCCUUCUUUGGUCGAAAGAACUCCCUUGGUGGUGGUCCCCAUUCCAUUUGCCUCGGAUUGGUUGCAUCGCGGAAUUGUGAGGGGCCAGCGCAAAAGUAGCAGUGCUUCCAAGUCGGCCGUGGUGUCACCGGUCUCUGCCAAUCGUGGAGAUCGAAAACGAGACCGUGAAGUUGGUGGUGGAGUUGGCGCUUACGAAGAUUGCCAUAUGAAAGGGGACCUCGACGAAAGUGUCUCGUGUCCGAUGGAUAUAAAGUCGAACUCGACAGAUCCACUACCGAAAAAGACGACAACAACUGAAGGGAAGAAGGGGAAUAGGAGUACAAUUGGUUCGGCAGGCUCUUCGACAAAUCCAAACGCAGACGCAACAACAACUGAUUGGUGGCCUGCAGGAACUUGUGGGACUUCUAAAGAUCAGUGCCCAAUCUUAGCAAAGAUGUGCUAUGACCAACUCCUAUCGGGAGAGCCACUAGACAAUGAAGACAAUCAGGAGAGCGCAUCGGGAACAAAGCGAAAGCAACGUGAACGACCAUUGUUGCUAAACGACUUGGUUUCGAUGGUUGGUGUCUUAUCAAUUGAUCCAUUCGAAGCAGAUUUUUCAGGACAAGAAACCAAAAACAACGAGUUCGGAUAUUGUAUAACAGAAGAUCCAUUGACGAUGUUGAUGGCAGAAAUUCCACCUCCAAGUCGCUUGCCCCGUCUUCACGUCCUGAGUUACCGUCGGUUGCGAUUGGACGAUCUUGCUCGACGAGCCAUAAAUGUCGGAAAAAUGGAUAAUGAUGAGAAUAAUAUUGCUUUGCAUUCAGAACAAGAAGAAGUGCGGACUACUGAAUUUCGUGCGGAUGUGAACAGCGAUGAUGAUGAUGGUGACGACGACGACGACGACGACGAUAGCAAAGUCGAGUGGUCUGGUUUUCGAAAGGAUGUUUCGUCACUGGUUCCAUCGGCCUUCGCAUUUCUGCUGCAAGAGGGAACUUCGCCUGUUCCGAGAUCGGCUCCAUGGAUCCGGGCACUUUGGAUGUGUCUGUUGUCAGAAGCAGAUCGAUGCCCUCCCGACACCGACGGCAUGCAGCAAAUCAUGCGAGCAGGCCCCGCAGAACGGGCUCUCGGGAGUAUUUCCUUGCGAUUAUCAGCCCCGGAUGUCACGAGUGCGAGGUCUUUGUUCCGUCGCCUGGCGGAAAGCGUUCUGCCGGAUGUAUGUCCCAUCGUAGCGGCGGUGGACCUGACAACAGCGACGAAAACUUUCCCGAACAAUACGUCCUUCUUUCCUCGUAAGGACGAGAAUGGUCGCUUGCAACCUUGUCCAUUACAACUUCCAAAGGGGUCAGUGUUACUAAUAUAUUGUCCCCCUAAUAUGAUCAGUGGAAGCGAUACUACAAACCGCCGAUCCAUUGGUGCGAACGACGGUAUGGAAAACAAUGGUGACAGCAACGGUAAAAUAAUCCAAAGUGUUCUCAAUGAACUAGUAAAACAUCAUCGGAUUCCUUAUAGAUUCGAGGGGGGUGUCAUGAUUCCGUUCGAGGCGGACUUUCGCGUGAUCCUUGUGACUACUCAAACACAGGAAUUUCCAUGCACUCUUUCGGUGUUGACGGGAACCGGCUCGACGAUGAUGACCGAAGAUUUAUCGCUGUUGUCACCGGUAACGAGUAAGACAAAACUAGAACUCCGGGAAAGCUUGGCAAAUGGACGUUCAGUGGCUACUAAGAAUGGAUCUCCAAUGAAAUUCUCGUCAGCGAUCCUAGAACAAGCACAAAAAGAUUUCUUGGAGCGGCGCCAACGAUGCCACGGGCCCUCGGCGUCGUCGGUACUACCGGGGGAAGACGAUUUUCACAGGUGGUUAACCUUAACGAAACUGCAGACGAAAAACCGUAGGUCCCGUGGCAACAAGAUUACGAGCAACAAGAACACGGCCGCUCUUGUGGAAGGGGAAACUGGAACAGACUCUUCUUUGCCUACGUCACCAAAAAAGACGUGGGAGCCAACAGUGAAUGAUUGGAAGGCAGCACUAAAUCUCGACGAUGAUAUCAGACUUACUGCCUGAAUUCUUCUACAGAAAUCAUUGGCACCGAUGAAGUUAGCUUCGAGAAACAAUACAAUGUAAAAGGCGGA